AUGGUGCGACAUCACCCGUCAUGGCUGAAUAUGAGGAACAGCCUGCGGGACUUUGUAGUGAUUUAUACGUCCGUGACCCAGGUGAGAUCCAGUCUGGACACAGGGGCCACAGAGGUCAGGGGUCCGGGAGCAACGCAACAACAGGGCCCUUCAGGCACUCCCUCAACUCUGUCCUCAGGCCACCACCACCACCAGGGCCCAGACCUCACAAGCAACGAUCUUCCCUGA